AUGUCACCUCCGUUAAAAACCAUAAUACAUUUGGUAAAACCCUUUGCUUGCACAGCUAGGUUAAGUGCCAGGUACCCCAUACAUGUCAUAGUUGUUGCUGUCCUAUUAAGCGUCGCUGCCUAUCUAUCCGUAACGCAAUCCUAUCUUAACGAAUGGAAGCUGGACUCUAGUCAGUAUUCCACGUAUUUAAGCAUCAAGCCAGACGAAUUGUUCGACAGAAGCACACAUUACUACAGAUCUCCUGUAUCUGACACAUGGAAACUGCUCAGCUCCAAAGAAGCCGCCGAUGUUCAUACCCCUUUUCAUUAUUAUUUGUCUACCAUAAGUUUCCAAAGUAAGGAUAAUUCCACAACGUUGCCCUCCCUUGAUGAUGUCAUUUAUAGUGUUGAUCAUACCAGAUUCUUAUUAACUGAGGAACCAAAGAUCCUGACCGAACUGAUAUCCGAAGAUGGAACAAAAUGGAGGUUAAGGAAUCACAGCAAUUUUAUCUUGGAUCUGCAUAAUACCUACAGGAACUUUGUCAAACAAUUUUCGAAUAAAACCAGCGAAUUUGAUCAGUUCGAUUUGUUUAUUAUCCUGGCUGCUUACCUUACGCUCAUUUAUACUCUCUGUUGCCUGUUUAAUGAUAUGAGGAAAAUUGGAUCCAAAUUUUGGUUAAGCUUUUCCGCUCUUUCGAACUCUGCAUGUGCAUUAUAUCUCUCGUUAUACACCACUCACACUUUAUUCAAAAAACCACCAUCUUUAUUAAGUUUGAUUAUUGGGUUACCAUUUAUUGUAGUGAUCAUUGGCUUUAAGCAUAAGGUUCGACUUGCGGCAUUCUCGUUACAGAAGUUCCACAGGAUCAGUAUUGAUAGAAAAAUAACUGUGAGCAACAUUAUUUAUGAAGCUAUGUUUCAGGAAGGUGCCUAUUUGAUCCGUGACUACUUAUUUUACAUUAGCUCCUUUAUUGGCUGCGCUAUCUAUGCUCGGCACCUUGUUGGAUUGGUGAAUUUCUGCAUUUUAUCUACUUUCAUGCUAAUUUUUGAUUUGAUUUUAUCUGCUACUUUCUAUUCAGCCAUACUAUCAAUGAAAUUAGAAAUUAAUAUUAUUCACAGAUCGACUCUCAUUAGGCAAACCUUGGAAGAGGAUGGUGUCAUCCCAACCACAACCAACAUUAUUUAUAAGAGCGAGACUGCCGCAGAGCCAAAUUUUUUGAGAUCCAAUGUGGCUAUAAUCUUAGGAAAGGCCUCUGUUAUUGGCCUUUUACUUUUGAUCAAUCUUUAUGUGUUUACAGACAAGUUAAAUGCUACGAUAUUAGACACAGUUUAUUUUGACUCCAGUAUUUAUUCAUUGCCGAAUUUUAUCAAUUAUAAAGAUAUUGGGAAUCUCAGAAAUCAGGUUAUCAUUUCUAUUUUGCCAAAACAAUACUACACUCCACUAAAAAAAUAUCACCAAAUUGAAGAUUCCAUCUUACUAAUUAUUGAUUCAGUUAGUAAUGCUAUUCGGGACCAGUUUAUUAGUAAGUUGCUUUUUUUUGCAUUUGCAGUCAGUAUUUCCGUCAACGUUUAUUUGUUAAAUGCUGCAAAAAUUCACACCGGAUACAUGAACUUCCAACCUCGGCCCAACAACAUCCAUGAUGAUCUCGGACAGCCCUCAGCGACGAUUGAGUUUUCAGAGACUCAAAGUGUUCCUGCUUCUUCUGGGCUGGAAACCCCUGUUACCGCAAAAGAUAUUUCGAUCUCACAAAAAAUUCAGAAUGAUGAAUGCAUCUAUGCUUUGAGUCCCGAGGACGAGCCUAUCCGUCCUUUAUCAAAUUUGGUGGAACUUAUGGAAGAGAAUCAAUUAAAAAACUUGAACAACACAGAAGUUUCGAAUCUCGUAGUGAAUGGCAAGCUGCCAUUAUAUUCUCUGGAGAAGAAAUUAGAAGAUACAACUCGUGCGGUUCUAGUUAGGAGAAAAGCACUCUCAAUCUUGGCUGAAUCACCUGUCUUAGAUUCCGAAAAACUGCCAUUCAGAGAUUACGAUUAUGAUCGGGUAUUUGGUGCUUGUUGCGAAAACGUCAUUGGAUAUAUGCCGGUGCCGGUUGGUGUAAUUGGACCAUUAAUUAUUGAUGGAACAUCUUAUCAUAUUCCAAUGGCCACAACCGAAGGUUGUCUAGUGGCAUCAGCUAUGCGUGGUUGUAAAGCUAUCAAUGCCGGUGGCGGUGCAACGACUGUCUUAACCAAGGAUGGUAUGACUAGAGGUCCCGUCGUUCGAUUCCCUACUUUGAUAAGAUCUGGUGCCUGCAAGAUAUGGUUGGACUCGGAAGAGGGACAAAACACAAUUAAGAAAGCAUUCAAUUCUACAUCAAGAUUUGCACGUCUGCAGCAUAUUCAGACUUGUUUAGCAGGCGAUUUGCUUUUCAUGAGAUUUAGAACCACUACCGGUGACGCGAUGGGCAUGAAUAUGAUAUCCAAAGGUGUCGAAUACUCGUUGAAACAAAUGGUCGAAGAGUAUGGCUGGGAAGAUAUGGAAGUUGUCUCUGUAUCUGGUAAUUACUGUACUGAUAAAAAACCUGCCGCAAUCAACUGGAUCGAAGGCCGUGGCAAAAGUGUUGUCGCUGAAGCUACGAUUCCUGGUGAUGUGGUCAAAAGCGUUUUGAAGAGCGAUGCUGCUGCAUUAGUUGAGUUAAACAUUUGCAAGAACUUGGUUGGAUCUGCAAUGGCUGGAUCUGUCGGUGGUUUCAAUGCACAUGCUGCUAAUCUAGUCACAGCGCUUUUCCUGGCAUUAGGUCAAGACCCAGCCCAGAAUAUAGAAAGUUCUAACUGUAUAACUUUGAUGAAGGAAGUAGACGGAGAUUUGAGGAUUUCUGUCUCUAUGCCAUCUAUUGAAGUGGGUACAAUUGGUGGGGGUACUGUUUUGGAACCUCAAGGUGCUAUGCUUGAUCUCCUCGGAGUUCGUGGUCCUCAUCCUACUGAACCUGGAACAAAUGCCAGACAAUUGGCCAGAAUUGUCGCAUGCGCUGUUUUAGCUGGUGAACUGUCUCUGUGUUCCGCACUUGCUGCUGGCCACUUGGUGCAAAGCCAUAUGACUCACAACCGCAAAGCGAACAAAAUCAAUGAACAGCAAAAGUUAAGUGACACAAAUCCCUCAUUGUAG